AUGCUAACCGCCUGGGCCUCCUCUCUCACAUCCCUCACUCUGAGCCUGCCCUCCCUCUCUGCCUCAAAAAGCUGCUCUGAAGUGGCACUAAUGCAAGUGGCCAGUGCGUGCACCAGUCUCACCCAUCUCGAACUCUCCAACUUCCGAUGCAUGUCCGACCCGCCUCUGCACGAGUUCGUUUCUCUGCUCGAGCCAGGGGUCAGCGCAUUGGCUCGUUGCUCUCGGUUGGUGUCCCUUAACGCUGCUCUGGUGCCCGGGGUGACAGAAGUCUCUGCCCCGCUCCUGUUUCAAGGAGUCACAGCACUGAGAACACUGGUGCUGAACCAGAGCCCACUGCCAGACACCUCGUUAUUGUCACUCUCCUCUCAUUGUCGCGGUAUUGAGGAGCUGGCGUUGCAUGGAUGCCCCAGGCUCACCAAUGAAGGUUUAAAAGCUCUUGCUGCCGCCUGCCUCUCGCUGCGCUAUCUCUCCCUCAGCUUCUGCGAUCAAGUCUCAGACGCCGGAAUCAUAUCCAUCGCCAACAGAUGCCGCCACCUCAUCAAGAUUCGAUUGGACGGCUGCCGCCAGCUCUCCAAUCCCUGCGUCAGGGCUCUUUGCCGCCCAGCCUGGGCCCAGCAGGCGAACGUAGGCGACCUUAGAGUAACCCAACGCCCACAUUCCGCCAUGGCGGACAAGAAGAAAGUAUUGCUGCACGUGUACGACGUCACCAACAGCCCCGACCCGAACGUCAACAACACCGUGCUUCGCAUCAACGGUAUCGCGAGAAGCACGCUGGGGAUCGGGGGGAUCUUCCAUGGCGCCGUCGAGGUGUUCGGCGAGGAAUGGUCCUUCGGUUAUUGCGAGCGCGGCUCGGGGGUCUUCAGCUGCCGCCCGAAAUCAAACCCCUACUACACGUACCGAGAGACAGUGGACAUGGGGGAGACUAAGCUGAGCGUGAAACGAGCGGGGCAGAUCAUAGCUGAGAUGAGCGUGCAGUGGCCUGGCGAGUCGUACGACAUGCUCGGGCGGAACUGUAAUCACUUCUGCGACGAGCUUUGUGUUAAACUGGGUGUCGGGCCCAUCCCAGCAUGGGUCAACCGGUUUGCUCGAACAGGCGAUUCUGCAGCCGAGCUUUAUGAUCAAGUGGGACAACAGGUGAGUGUAGAUCGAGGCAACCUCUGA